AUGGCGGGGUACAAUUCUCCCCGCCAAUUUUGGUAUAUGGCAAUUGCUAUUAUUCCUUUACUUGCUGUUGUGAUUUACCAAGCGGUGGAUUCGUCCUGGUACUCUUCUCGCAAAGAGCUGCUUCACUUUUGGAAACCCAACUCCUUCAUUAAGAUGCCAAGUCAAACGAAGAAAACUUAUUUCCGUACAGUGCAGAAUUUCAAAACUGAUUACGCCCCUACCAACAUUACCCAAUAUGUCUCAGAACGUACUGGCAUGAAUGUUGUUGUGGUUGACCAGAAGGGACCUCAAGUCAAUGGAUAUUUUGCAUUGGCUACGGAAAUUUUCGAUGAUUCUGGAUCACCACAUACCUUGGAGCAUCUUUGCUUUAUGGGAUCAAAAAGCUACCAGUACAAAGGCUUACUCGAUAAACUUGCCACUAGAGCUUACUCUAAUACUAACGCAUGGACUGCUACGGAUCAUACUGCCUAUACAUUAGAGACAGCAGGAUGGGAAGGAUUUUCUCAAAUCCUUCCUGUUUAUCUUGAGCAUUUGAUCUUACCAACACUUACCGAAGAAGGCUGUUACACAGAAGUCCAUCAUGUUGAUGGUGAAGGUAACGAUGCAGGCGUUGUGUAUUCAGAAAUGCAAGGAAUUCAAAAUACUGGUUCUGAUAUCAUGGACCUCCGUGCUAGGCAACUUCUUUAUCCAGAAAAUGUUGGAUUUCGUUACGAGACCGGUGGUUUGAUGGAAAAUUUGCGUAUCUUGACCCCAGAGAGAAUUCGUGCAUUCCACAAGGAGAUGUAUCAACCUAAAAACCUUUGUCUCGUUUUGAUUGGUGAAAUCGAUCAGAAGGAAUUGCUUGAAAUAUUAGACACUUUUGAGGAAGGUAUCUUAGAUGACAUACCAUCUCCAACAGCUCCAUUCAAGAGGCCAUGGGUGGAUUCUGCUCAACCACCACCACUCACUAAAACCAUAGUAGAGACUGUAUAUUUCCCAGAGGAAGAUGAGUCGAUGGGAGAAAUUUGGGUUGGUAUGUUUGGCCCUGAUUGUAAAGAUGCCGUCGAAACAGGUGCUCUUAACGUUCUCCUUGCAUACCUCGCUGGAUCUUCCGUUUCAAUUCUUGAAAAUAUCAUGGUUGAGAAAGAAGAGCUUGCUAGUUCAAUUUCAUAUUGGUGGGAUGCGAGACCAAAUUCAGUGAUUUGGUUUCAACCAACUGGAGUAGAAACUGAAAAGCUUGCAUUCGUAGAGAAGCGUCUUUUUGAACUUCUUAGGGAGGCUUUAGAGAAACCUCUAGAUAUGGCAUACAUGAAAAAUUGUCUAGAAAGAGAACGCAGACAAUGCAAUUUCGAAGCCGAAAGUUCUCAGCGUUUCUAUGCUGAAGCCAUCAUCAAUGACUUCCUUUUCGGUAACAGAGAUGGUUCUACUUUGAAGGAUUUGAAAUCACAUGCAGAAUUUGACACACUUGAUAAAUGGAGUGAGCAACAAUGGAAAGAUUUUCUGAAGAAAUGGAUCGUCGAUGCACCUCACGUUUCUUUACUCGGAACCCCUUCAGAAGAGAUGUCGAAGAGAAUAAAGAAAGAAGAGGAGGCUAGAGUUGCAGAGAGAAAGGAAAAGUUAGGGCCAGAGGGGCUUAAGAAAUUGGCUGAAAAGCUCAAGACGGCAAUUGCCAAGAAUGAUGCCGAAAUACCUGCCUCACUUCUACAGAAGUUUUCCGUUCCUGGAACCGAUUCAAUCCACUUUCACAAAUCAACCACCGCUAGAUCUGGUUUGGCCAAGAAAUUGGGCGCACCUACCAAUGAAAUUCAAAAGGUCAUUGAUUCGCAAGCAUCUGAGUCUCCAUUGUUUUUACAAUUUGAGCAUGUUCCAACAAAUUUCGUUCACUUGUCAAUGCAUUUUGGCACUUCAGAAAUCCCUCUGGAGCAUAGACCACUGCUCAGUUUAUUCAUAGACAACUUCUUUGAUACACCUAUUUUUCGCGACGGAAAGAGAGUAGAAUUUGAGCAAGUCGUUACAGAAUUAGAACAUGACACUAUUAGAUACGAAAUGAGAGGGGGUUCUAGUCUUGGUGACGCAGAAGGUCUUAUGAUUCAAUUCCGAGUUGAGCGAGAGAAGUAUGAAACAGCCAUCGAAUGGAUUCGCACUAUGAUGUUCGAUGGUAUUUUUGAUGCUACACGUCUCAGUACUGCGGUUACUAAGAUCCUCGCCGACAUUCCCGACAACAAGCGCGAUGGUAAUGGCAUGCUUUACACCGCUGAUGGUAUGCUUCACAUGUCCAACGAAUCGAGCAUGAAAGCAAGGACUACUCUCGUCAAGUCAGUCUACAUGAAACGUCUCAAGAAGCUUCUCAAAAAAGAACCGGAGACUGUCAUCGGCUGGCUCGAAGCCCUUCGCAAAUCUAUUUUCAAAUUCAACAACAUCCGAGCCCUCGUCGUUGCAGAUAUCAAUAAACUCCCAGCCCCAGUACAAGCUUGGAAUCCACUCAUCUCUUCCCUCGAUAAACCUACGCCCGAAACAGAUCUCCUUCCUAUCCGCAAACAGCACACACUUCUUUCCCAUGAUGGACAAAAUCUUGGCCAAGCAGGAGCUAUUAUCAUCCCAAUGCCUACCAGCGAUUCUUCCUUCCUACUAACAAAUUCCCGUGGCCCAAGCUCUUACACUGAUCCUCAACUCCCUGCACUCCGCGUCGCUCUAUCUUUCCUACGCGCCGUCGAAGGCCCCUUGUGGACAGCUAUCCGUGGAACAGGUUUGGGAUACGGAUCUUCAUUCCAUAAUGAUCUUGAUACUGGAUUUGUUCAAUUUAGUGUCUAUCGUUCUCCAGAUGCUUUCCGCGCUUUUGCCGCCGGUAAGAAAAUCCUCGAGGAAUACAUUUCAGGAGAGAAGAAAAUGGAAGAUUCAGCAUUAGAAGCGGCUAUUAGUGAUAUAGUCGUUGAAGUUGUCAAUACACAGAUCACAAUGGAUCAAGCUGGGCAAGAUAAAUUUGUCAAAGGGGUAAUGAAGGGAUUACCUGAAAAUCACAAUGAAGAAUUGUUGAGAAAGGUUAGAGAUGUGGGAAGAGAAGAGAUUAGAGAAGUUAUGAAGGAAGUUUUGUUAAAGGCUUUUGAGCCGGGAAUGAGUAAUGUUAUGGUUACUUGUGCACCGAUUAUGGAAGAGGCAAUAGUAAAAAACUUCCAAUCCCUAAACUUCAAAACACAAGUCCGCACCCUCGCAAGCUUCGAAGAUGAUUACGGCUUAGCAGCCCCAGAAGACGACGAAGGUGGAGAAGAAGAUGAGGACGAGGAUGAAGAUAUGGAAGAUGAGGAAUCUGGCAGUGAAGAGGAUGGCGAAGAGGACGAGGAAAGUGAUGUGGAGAUGAAGAAUUAA